CGGAUGUUUAGGGGUUUCUUUUUUAUCCCGAUCCGGCCCGUGCCGGAACCUCUAAAAGAGCGCUCUUGGCUACCACCGCCACGGGGCUUCGCAAUCCUCUCUCGCCGCUCCUCUCCGCUUCGCAUCCUCUCGCCGAAGAACUCAGCCGGAAACAUCGUCGGGGUUUGUAGGGAGUUCAAUCCUCCGCAGCUAUGUCGGUCACAGCCGGAGUUAGCGACGCCGUGAUCGCCAUCCGAGACAAGCUCCGGGGAAAGAUCGGGCAGACCAAAGUCAAGAGGUACUGGCCUGGAAAAGCUCCGGAAUGGGCAGAAGAUCUCGAUGAGGACGAGGACAUCAGGGCCUCCAAGUUGGCUUCUCUCGAGAAGGCCUUCCCUAUUCGGGAAGAUGCGGAUGUGCCACAGAAGGAUGACCGUCGGCUGAGGCGUCUCGCCGAGCUCCGAGCAGAGAACAAGGAGGAGGUGAGGAAUGAUCACAGGAGGAUACGGCAAGCUGAGAUUAUCUCGACGAUCGAGGAGGAGAAUGACAGGCAGGAAAGGUUGGAGAUGGAAGAGGAUGAUGAGGAUGCUAUUGAGGAGAGGAGGCGUAGGAUUAGAGAGAAAUUGCUACAGAGAGAGCAGGAAGAAGCUGCUCUUCUCCCUAUAGAAGAGGAGGAAGAAGUAGAAGAGGAGGAGGAGGAGGAGGAAUCUGAGUACGAGACAGAUUCUGAGGAGGAGCAACUGGGUAUUGCAAUGGUGAAGCCAGUCUUCAUUCCCAAGUCUCAGCGGGAUACAAUCGCAGAGCGUGAGAGAAUUGAGGAGGAGGAAAGGCGACUCGAGGAGUUAGUGAAGAAGAGGUUGGAUGAGAGAAAGGUUGAGACCAAGCAGAUUGUAGUGGAGGAGAUUAGAAAGGAUGAAGUGAUUCAAAAGAAUUUGGAGGCGGAAGCAAACAUCUCAGAUAUUGACACCGACGAUGAUAUGAAUGAGGCUGAAGAGUAUGAAGCUUGGAAGACUAGGGAGAUUGCAAGAAUCAAGAGAGAAAGAGAGGACAGGGAAGCUAGAUUGAAGGAGAAGGAAGAGAUCGAGAAGGUUAGGAAUAUGACUGAGGAAGAGAGGAGGGAAUGGGAAAGGAAGAAUCCGAAGCAACUUCCUGUGCCGAAGCAGAAGUGGAGGUUUAUGCAGAAGUAUUAUCACAAGGGUGCCUUCUUCCAAUCUGGUGUUGAUGACAUUGCAACAACAGCAGGUACAGAUGAUAUCUUUCGGCAAGAUUUCUCUGCACCGACUGGCGAAGACAAGAUGGAUAAGAGCAUUCUGCCUAAGGUCAUGCAAGUGAAGCACUUUGGACGAAGUGGAAGGACCAAGUGGACUCAUCUUGUUAACGAGGAUACAACUGAUUGGAAUGCCCCGUGGAGUAUGAAUGGUCCACUUCGAUCCAAGUACAAUGCAAAAAUGGCAGGGAUGAACGCACCAAUCGAAAAACCAAAAGGAAGUAAGAAGUUGAAGGACUGGGAGAUGAAGUAGAUUCUUGUUACUCUUCUAGUGUUUUAUAUGGCAAAAGUAGUUUGAGUGAUCUUACUCCAGGAAACGUGAUACUAUAUUUGUCUCUGGAUGUUUUCUAAGCUGCAUGCUGGCUGGCUGACUUGGAAACCCUAACUAUCAAUUUCACUGUCCGACUAGAAAUCCUAAAUAUUAUUUUCAUUUUAUAAGCUACCUGAACGUGUAAUUCUCGGUCUGUUUCAAUUUGCAAUGGAUCUGCUGCCUUGAUGGCCUGUAGCGGGUGUAUCCUUUCAUGGACUUGAAUGCAUAGUCGGAGUUGAAUUGCUA